UUACCGGAGAAACCAAUAUUGUUUGUUGCAACAUUUGUUUGAAAUUUCAUUUUGUAUUAUUGCAUGACAGUCUUAAAUUGUUAAAUUUUAAAAGUUAAAUUGAUACUCAAGAGUGUAUUAAAUGUUGAACACAAAAUAUAUUCUUAUUUACUUUUUUUUAUGUGCGCUACAAGAACGAUUAGAUGGUUUUCCCAAAUCAAGACUGUCACACGACCUGAACUCCACCAUGUGGUUCACGGAGCAACCAUCUGCACCUUCAUCUAACGAUCUGUGGACAUCUCCCUCUACUGAAUUGUACUCUUCAUACGGACGUGACUGGAUCUCGACCACUUCCUUACUUUUGUUACAGCUUACCAGAAACGUUCGUAUUUCGUCGUCAAAUGACCGAGAUUUGAUUCGAUCUUACGACAAUGACAGAAACAAAAUUUCGUCGUCCGACCCGUUACUGUCGACGUUGUCCGACGACCAAACUAUGAUUCCAUCGCUCGAACAGGAACUGUAUCCGUCGUUUGAAAACAAAGGAAAGUGUUUGCAUUCGUCUCGGUCGUCACUGACUACGAAUAAAGACAUGGAGACUUCUCGAUUGUCCGAUAACUAUUUAAGACUUACAUCACUGUCUUCCGACAAGAAAUUGAAGGUUUCGACGACGCCAUCGUAUGCUAUGCAUCAUUUUUCUAACUUUCGUCUCUCAAAACAUCAAGACGCCCCGAUGAUAUUGUUUGACAGUAAAGGCGAAAUGCAUACAAACUACUAUCCCCCCGUCGGGUUCCGCAAUAAUAAAAACAAUCAUAAAACUGAAAAAACCGAUAACGUCGAUUGGAGCCGUCGGUAUUGGCCCAAAUGGUUGGUAGUCGACAAAUAAUAAUUAUAUUGUGAAUUCGUACUA